AUGACACAGAUCUCACAUGGCGAAGAAGACACAAAACAGGAACCAGGAGAGCAUGAGGAUGGGUGCUGCUGUCCUCGCCCAGGUGUUCUGAUCCUGUGUGAGUCACUGGGCCUCCAUGUCCUCCCUCGCUCUGUCCCCCUCACCACCUCAGCUUUGUCUGUGGCCCGAAACCACCUGUGCAAUGUAGACAAUGUUCUGUGGCGGUACUCCAGCCUGCAGGAGUUGAGCCUCAGCCACAACCGGCUGGAUCGCUUCCCCCGUGGGCUUCCACCGAGCCUGGAAAGUCUGCAGCUCCAGGAGAACCGCAUUACAUUCAUCACAGCUGGGGAUCUAAGAAACCUUGGGAACCUGACACGGUUGGACCUGGAAGACAACCGCAUUCGGGCCAUCCAGCCUGGGGCACUGCUCAGCCUGGCACGGCUGAGGAUGCUGUCUCUGAAGGGGAACCAGUUGUCAAGUCUGCCUUCACACCUUCCAGGUUCACUAACACACCUGGAUGUGUCUGCCAACUGCAUUUCAACAUUGGAUUUGCCUUCGCUUGCUGUGUUGGUUAACCUUCAGGUCUUGAAGAUCAACAGCAACUGCUUGCGUUCAGUGCCUGAUCAUGCGUUUGAUGGCCUACCCCGUCUCCGCUCUGUGGAGCUGGCUAAUAACCUGUGGGUUUGUGAAUGUGACAUCAUGUACCUGUAUCGGUGGCUGCUGAUGGACAGGUUACGCAUGGCAUCAGAUCUGGUGUGUGCAGCACCAUUACACCUGGCACACAAGCUUCUCCUGACCCUCUCUGUUGUGGCUAUCUGUCCAAGAAUCCUGAAGCCUGGUGAGAGAUUAGCACCAGUCAACGCUUCCAAGGUGAUGCUGGGGAAUUCUUCAAAAGAAUCUUCAAAUCCUACUUCUGAUGUAAUCAGAACUGUGAGAACCUCCUGUAGAAGCUCUCUUAUGAACUCAAAUGGAAAGCUCCCCUCAGCUGUUAACCAUACAGCAUCUAGGUCUCAUCAGGGGUCAAACCAAACCUCUUUGGAGGGGUUAAGCUAUGAACAGUGUUUGUUACUAAACUCCACUUACCUUGUCCCUCAGACAACCCAAACACCCCACAGCCCGACAACAGAUGAGGAUCCUGGUUGUAUGAACAACACAACCAACAUCCAUAAUGGUUUCGUGAGCACUUUGGCCCCUAUAUACUCCACCAGUGAGGCAGGAGUGCAGGUUGAGGCCACUCCUCGAACCUUGACCCAGUCAAAUAACCCAGCACUUGUGACACUACUCUCUCUGCUGUGUGUGUUGACAGGACUACUCCUGCUAGCUGUACUCCUGUUGCUGAGGAGCAUCUUGUGGCAAACCCAGAGGGUUGCUCCCCUUCAGUCCUCAGUGAGCAGUCAAAGGAACUCUUAAUGCUGUCCAGUUGUUGGCAGUUAGUGUCCAGCAAGGUUUUUAACAAAGUGAGACUUCUUGGCUAUCGAUGCACACUACAUCAUUAAUAAAUAGUGUUAUGAAGCAUAAUUAGGAUUGUGAAAGGAGGAGAACUCUGAGAAUUGGAGUUCUGGGUGUCUUCUGGUUUAUGUUAGUCAACAUUCCUAGAAUUUCAGGAAUGGUCUUUCUCCCAAACUUGGAUUAAUUCUUUAAAAAGGCAAUACAGAAGAAUAUUCCUAUUGGACAGUAAGGGGUAGAUUAUUAUGGUAAUACUUUACAUUAAGGUUCUCUUAACUAACAUGAUUUUUGCAUUAGUUAACAUUAACAAUGAACUUUAGCACUAAUGCACCAUAUGUAAUGUUAACAAGGCAACCAAUUUAAGGCGAAUUAAUUGAAGUUUGUUUUAAAGUUAAUGAAAUACACUUGCAUUCAUUAAUGUUUAUGAAAUCCCUGACUAAUCAACGUAAAUUAGCAACAAUUACAAUUUCAGCUAGUUCCUAACUGUUGAUAAUUUAUUGCUCUCUGGCCCAAGUGUAAAUAUUAAAACUUGCUUCAGGCUCAGUUCUGAAUUUUGCCAACAACCAUCAGCAUGUUCAUUAAGAUGUUAUUCAUACUGGUCAUUGUAGCCUAAACAUACUUAUUGAUGGUAUCAAUACUGGGUAAUGUGUGUGCUGAUUAUUUGGCUUAUCAUGUUCAUUGUUCAUGUAGAAUCAGAAAAAUAAUCAGUGGAAUGAAAAACCCUGACUAAUAUCAUUGGUUCAGUUGUGUUACUCUGCUGAAAACAACCCCAGGCAAAUGCAUGGUUUUACAAUUUUAUUAAGCUUAAACAGUAGAAUACAGCAUUAGAUUAUUUUGAUUAGUUGUGCGUGUAUGACUGCAGAUUGAUAACUGCCAUUUUUACAGGACAUUUAAUGUAAACAAAUAUACAAUUUUGACAAACUGACUCCAGGCUUUUUCACUGUGUUAAAAAUAAGCAGACAUGUACUGUUGUAAUGGUCUUUUAGUGCCCGAGAUCAGAGAUACUAAAAAUACUAUAUACAGGAUCAGUGGAGGUGAUAAGCUUUUCUAAACAUGUGUACUCAAGACUAAAUAUCUCAUAUUUCUUGGUUUUGAUGAAUCCCUGCUGUUUUGCUUCAUGGAUUAAUCUUUGUCUGCAAAAAAAAAAAAAAAAAGACAGACCAAAUUCUUCCAUCUUUGUGCGUGAUUCAGAAAGACAUUACGAGAAACCCACCACCCUUUCACACAUCACUCCAAACGAAAACAAACAAACAAAAAAAAAAGCCUCCUCUCAACACCUCACAGCAAUCAUGACAAGGCAAAGACGACA